AUGCCCCUCAUGAGAAUCCGCAGCGUCGAAAUAGUCUUCGAGGACGAAAUGUCCGCUUGCACCGACACCGCUCUACUGGACCGCAGCAUCGAACUCAUAGUCUCCGAUAGCGAUGACUCCACCAAAUGCGUCGACGAUUUGGAACACGCGAACGAAGGCAACGAGGACACAGCCACGCUUAACGCCGAAGGUGACUUGUCAGAUGAUAAUUCUGUGUCGAAAGACAAUAGCGGGGAGGUGGCCGAAACGAAAACCUCCCACGCGGAUGACAGCACCAAAGUCCACGACGAAAGCGUGACCAUAGACGACAUAUCGCUAAACGUGUCAGAGGUCGUCGACUCCGGUCGCUUUACGGAAGACGCGAGCUCGUCACACUUGGAAACGGUGCCGAUUUUAGCUUACGAGGACGCUUUGCUCUCGCACUCCUUCGACGCAAUUACAGUAGACACUGCUAUGACAACGUAUGAGAUAUCGGAUGACAGCUUCAGCAAACGUUCGGCACCAGAGGCAAGACUGUAUGAGUACAUCGACAGCGAUUCUGAUAGCUCGGAGGACACGGCCGUAUGCGACGCCGACGCAGCGAUACAACACUUGACAUCCUUCCACGACACCAUGACACCCGACGAACAUACCUUGUGUGACAGUUCCGACUUGCAGUAUGACUCUUUUAUAGAUAUGGGCAAAUUCUGA